AUGUCCUUUCUCCCUCCCUGUAGUAUUGCACCGUCUGCUGUGUUGAUCUUACUGGUCGUUGCGAGUAUUUUGAGCCUUCUGAGUCGGAGGUAUCCUUUGGAUCGGUUUCCGGGACCCCGUUUGGCGAGGUGGACGUGGCUCUACAGAGCAUACUACGACAUUGUAAUCGGUGGCGGAUGGCUUGCUCACCUCGAGAAGCUCCAUGACAUCUAUGGUCCUGUUGUGCGGGUGGGCUAUACCGAGCUGCACUUCAACGACCCCGCUGCAUAUGCGGACAUCUACACCCACACGCCUGUCCAUUACAAGGAUCCUGGCCUUUACAAUGGAUUCACCUGGACGUCGCCAUCGUCAUUCUCUGAAACGGACGUGAAGGAGCAUGCUGCCUUGAGAACCGUGUUGUCCUCCUUCUUCUCGCGGAAGAACGUGUUGGGAUUGGAGAAUAUGAUCCAAGAACGCGUCGAUCGACUUCUUGAUCAACUCAUGGCCAACCACGGUACGCGAUCCGCGGAUAUGGAUCUAGCCUUCCGUUCCCUUACUCUGGAUAUAAUAACCUUGUACACCUUCGCCAUUUCCAUCGACGCAGUGUCAGCUCCGUCAUUCCAACAUCCCGUCCUCAUGGACCUCGUGAAACACUCGAGAAACAAGUGGUUCUUCAGACAUUUUCCGCUCCUCAAACGUCUCGUCACGAACCUCCCUUCGUGGUUUGCGACCUUGACAAGGAAGAAGGCGACAUUGGCCUUCGUGCAAGAAGUAAUGCGGCUAGUAGAUAGUGCGCUAAAGCAGCUCCACAGAGGUGACGUGAACCAGUCAAACAAGAAUAUAUUCUUCAUGCUUCUCACUGAUGAACGGCGAGCCGUGAGAGCAGAGAAACUGACCAGGGCAUGGCUGGUGGGGGAAGGCCAGAAUCUCCGAGGGGCGGGAAGCGACACAGUUGCAAACACCUGCACGAUUGGCUGUAGACGUAUCCUUGGGGACGACAGAGUCCUUCAGAAAUUGCGUCAGGAGCUGGAGGAGGCUUGGCCGGACAAGGACGAGAGCAUGCCUCUUGAACGAUUGGAGAAAUUGCCGUAUCUGACCGCAGUCAUCAAGGAAUGCCUUCGUGUUGCUCACGGAGUGGUGACGCCAAUGACGCGGAUCGUCCCGGAAUCUGGGUCAAUCAUCGCCGGUUACCAAGUACCUCCAGGUACUUCCGUAGCUAUAGGCCACACCUUUGUGCACAUGAACCCGGAUAUCUACCCCGAGCCAGACCGCUUUUACCCGGAACGAUGGAUGAAGGAUGACCAUCACGCAUUAGAACGUUUCCUCGUUUCGUUUAGUAAAGGCCCUAGGAGCUGUCUGGGCAUCAACUUGGCCUGGUGCGAAUUGUAUUUGAUCUUGGGAAAUGUGUUCCGGAAGUUAGACCUUUCCCCGGUAAAUGACAUCAGCGGACGGCUUGCUAUUCUCGAUUAUUUUGUACCAUUUUACAGAGAGAAGGCCCUUGAGGUGACCGUCAAAUGCCGACAGUGA